UACUAAUGUUUUCGAUUUUGUUGAAGUGCAAAAGUCCACUCAAAUUGGGUAUAUUAAUAUUUAAAUCUACUUUACCAAAUUGCCCCUGUAAUUUGUAGGCAAACAUAUCACGGUUAUCAACCUAGAGACAACCCCACCAGAGGGCGGCACGCUAAUCCCGAAAUGAAACUUCUGCUAAACCCCGACCGCAUACACUCGCUGACCUCGCCGGCGCCGGCGAUUGCGAACAUUCCUUCCAUCCGAACGACAAGGCUUCAUUCCACCCACUUUCUUCCGGCUCAUAUCUACCGUCCGAUUCGCCGGAGAUGCGGGUUGACUAUAAAAUCCGUGAUGAUUGAUUCAAUUAAACUAGAGGAUUUAGGGUUCACAACGGAAGAAACCGGUAGAAAUCCUGCUUUAUCAACGGAAUAUCGUAGUUCGGAAAUUCCGAGGCCAAAUCAGGCGGUUCUAGAAGCUCAAGCUAGAGUUUGUACUGGUCCUACUCAAACCAAGCCUCUUUCUGAAGAACAAGCUUUCAAAGUCUUGGAUGUUAUUUUGAAAUCAGCUAAGGGGGAACUCAAAGAUGAUGAUAAAGUUUCAAACGCACAGCUUGGUGCUUUCUUUGCGGGAAUGACUAUUAGAGCCAACACCUUUCCUGAAGCUACCCAAUGGAGUGAAGGAGAAAGGCGAGCCAUGAAUGCUUUCUGGCCAGAGCUAGUUCAAACUCUUCCGCAUGAUGUACUAUUCAUAGCUGAUCCUGAGGGCUCUAUAAUGGGUCUUGGAAGCAGUAUUGGACCACAAUACACCGGACAUGAUGCCAGGGAAAUGAGACUAGUUGGUGCUCUGCGAGAAGUUCUUGCAGGAGGUCAUCUAGGAUACGAGGAAGUUCAAGGUGUUUUAAGAGAUGUUCUACUGAUGGGAUUUGAAGAUAAGUCAACAGCGGUGAGCGAAUCAUUGCUUUCAGCAUUUAUGAUAGGUCAACGCAUGAACAGGGAAACAGAUCGGGAGCUUAAAGCUUAUUGUCUUGCAUUUGAUGAUGAAGUUGGUCCUCCUUUGGUUGCUGAUGUGGAAUCCUUGACGCACUAUGGGGAACCUUAUGAUGGCAAUACACGCUUUUUCAGGAGCACGCUGUUUGUUGCUGCUGUGAGAUCAUGUUAUGGUGAAUCCUGCUUGCUACAUGGGGUGGAUUGGAUGCCACCAAAGGGUGGUGUGACUGAAGAACAGAUGUUGCAAUUCAUGGGGGCAAAUACACACUUGACAACGUUGCAAGCGAAACAACUUAUUGAGGAUGGAAAUGUGGGCUUUGCAUAUGCAAGUCUACGAGAAGUUCGCCCAUCUCUAUACUCAUUGGUUGGAAUGAGAGAACACAUAAAGAAGCGUCCACCUUUGGCAACAUCUGAAAAGGUUCAGCAGUUUGUGAGGGCGCGAGGAAAGGAAGCUAUGGUAGCAGGAUUUUAUCAUGAAGGAUAUGAAGAACCACUUUUGAUGCUUAUGAGGAGACGAGGCGUUCAUGCUGGUUUAGUUGUCAAGGGUGAAGAAGGGGCAGUUUCAAUGACAACCAGAUUGAAGCAAGCAAAUGCAUCAAAAGGACUUCCUGUCAACUACUGUUCAGGAUUUCGCUCAUCGGUCAAUGGAGCUGGUUUAGAAACUGAUGGUGUGUCCCAGGAGACUUUUUGUGUGGAAGUGAACGCAAAAGACUAUGGUUUUGAGGCAUCUGAUACACCAAGGACUGAUAGAUCGGUAGCAAAGAACAUAGAGCUUGGUAUAGCAGCACUUCGAGGGGAGAAAGGACCUGCAUAUGACCGUAUUGUCUUAAAUGCAGGAAUCGUAGAUCACUUGUUAGGUUGUAAAGGCGCUGAAGAUGUUAUGUCAGCUCUAGAUAGAGCUAGAGAGGCCAUUGACAGCGGUGAAGCCCUAAAAAGGCUUCUAAAUUACAUCAAGAUCUCACAUAAAGUAAAAUAAAGAGAUUUCUGUUAAUGUUGUCGUUUUUAUACUAGAAAGUUUUAAAUGUGUAAUUUGAUUCUUUUAUUGUUUCCUCACUUUGUAUUAUGAUAUAAUUGUGAUAGUUGUUGUAAGCUUUCUUUACCAGGCUGAAGGUUUUUUUAAAUACAUGGUUUUUUUUAAAA